CAAUAUGGCAGCCUCCAUGAUGCAAACCAUGCAUUUUAUGUGCAAUAUUUGCACUCUCUGAUGAGAGCUUGCGUACAGACAAAAUAACUGAUUGGAUUGUAUCGUUAGCAGUAGACAUUGGCACAAACAAUGAGAAACCUAGAGUUGCUGAACCUGAUUGAGUUGUCUCCCUUGAGUGAAUUAUGUGGGACACACUGCACAAGCAUAGACUGUGACACAGGGACUGUUUACAGUGCCACAUCCACACAUUUGGUUGGAUUUGACCCCAAUAAUGGACAGCUGACCGGAAUAGUCUCCCUUGUUGAUGAAGCUUUCGUACCACCAGAUGGCAGUGGGCGUGUUGUGGGUAUCCAGUACCUGGCUGACCAGCAGGCUGUGUGUGCUGCAACCAGCACUGGUAACCUGGUGUUGUGGCACGUCACCAUGGGACAGCUGGAAUGUGUGGGAGCUGUGGAUAGCGGUUUGACCUCUAUGACCUGGAGUCCUGACCUUGAACUUCUCAUACUCACAACAGGACAAAAUACUUUCAUUAUGAUGACCAGGGAGUUUGACCCCAUCACAGAGAACACUCUCCACCCAGAGAACUUUGGAGAAGCCAAGUUUGUGACGGUGGGAUGGGGUAAGAAGGAGACACAAUUCCAUGGGUCAGUAGGAAAGGAGGCAGCCAAGCAGAAACUGGAGGAGGUGAAGCCUGCUUUGCCAUGGGAUGACCAGCUACCAAGGGUCAGUUGGCGAGGUGAUGGUCAGCUUUUUGUAGUCAGCACAAUCAGCCCCGACACAGGGGCGCGUAAGUUACGAGUCUGGAACAGGGAAUGUGAGCAUCAGUCGACCAGUGAAAAUGUAGAUGGAGUAGAACAAGCUUUGACAUGGAGACCCUCUGGUAAUCUGAUCGCCAGCACACUGAGAAGACCAAACAAACAUGAAGUUAUCUUUUUUGAGAAGAAUGGACUGAGACAUGGAGAAUUCACACUCCCAUUUGGAGUUAAUGACAUACAGGUGAAGGAGAUGUGCUGGAAUCUAGAUUCAACUGUAUUGAUGUUACAACUAGAGGAUCUAGUACAGAACCCUGGUGGACAGACCACACCCAGGACAUAUGUACAGAUAUGGACCAUGAAUAAUUACCACUGGUACUUGAAGCAAAGUCUACCCUUUGAUGGCACAGCAGACGACAAAAUAGUCUCAGUUGUUUGGGACCCUGAACAUGUAUAUCGCCUCCACAUAAUUUGUUCUGGAGGGAAAUACCUGCAAUAUACAUGGUCCUGGGCCACUCACUUCAGCACAGGGAUAUCCAAGGACAACCAGGCAUUGGUGGCUGUAAUUGAUGGAGACCGAGUGUUGCUGACCCCAAUGAGGGAUAUGGUGACACCCCCUCCAAUGUCUGCCUACUAUCUACAGCUCCCGUGCCCUGUCAACCAAGUGGCGUUCUGUCUCCAGGGAAACCCCAACAACAUGGCAUUGAUUUUAGCAGACGGCAGAGUGUCUGUAUACACAUUUGCUCAAGACUCUGAUGGUAAGGACUUACCAAGAGACAGUACGGUCAAGUUUGACGCUACUUUAGGCGAGGGGUUCUCAUUGUGCUGUCAAACACCAACCCAUCGGGGAACCUACAGUAUUGAAGGACUGCCAAUUGACGUACGGAAAGUGCCUACAGCGACGCACCAUUUUGUUUGGUUGACCUCUGAACUUUUGAUGUUCUGUACCCAGGAUCGUGGGCACGCCCAGAACUCUGUGCUUCAUUGUGCUGAACUAAAGCUUGAUGCUGAUAAACCUCAUCUCACCGUCAAGUCCAGUAUUGACAUUGAGAGUUUUGUGUACAAGAUGGCUGUCAAUGCAGAGUCAGGGUCUGUAGCCAUACAGCUGUGCAGUGGUUCUGUUCUCAAGUUUGAUCCAGGUUGUGACAUGGUGUUGCCAUGGGAGAUAAAAUCAGGGGGGGAGCUGACCUUCCCCGUCCCUUGUCCUUACAUGUGUGUCUGUGAUAUCGGAGGAGAGGAGGUGGUCGUAGGACUGACCGAUAGAUACAGACUUUACGUCAAUGACACUGAGAUUGCGUCUAACUGUACCUCACUAGCCGUACACAAGGAUUACCUUCUCCUGACGAGCCUCACUCACACUUGUCGGUGUAUCAGCAGACAAACCAAGGUUCAAGAUCUGCCCACGCUGUCAGACGGGAAGGCUCACCCAUUUGAUGAAAGUGUGCGUCGGGUGGAGAGGGGGUCCAGAAUUGUUUGUGUCAUUCAAGGUGAAACCAAGCUAGUCUUACAGAUGCCCAGGGGUAACCUAGAAACCAUCCACCCCCGGGCACUUGUGCUGUCUGCGGUCAGGAAGUACCUGGACAGUCUGGAGUUCGGCCAAGCCUUUGUGUGUAUGAGGAAGCACCGGUUGAACUUAAACCUGAUAUACGAUCACUGUCCUCAAAGUUUCCUCGACAACGUCCAGAAGUUUGUCCAGCAGGUCAAGCUUGUGGACUACAUCAACCUCUUCCUCACAGAUCUCAGGGAGGAAGAUUGUACAGUCACUAUGUACACCGCAGCCUACAACCGGUCAGCUCCCGUCGUGGACGAGGGUACUAACCGCCCCAGUAAAGUGGACAAAGUGUGUGAAGUAGUCAGACAAGCACUGGUCAGUGAGGAUGAAAAGAAGUAUCUUCUGUCAAUACUGACGUCUUAUGUGCGAAAAAGUACCCCAGAGCUGGAAGCUGCCUUGUUAAUGGUCAAAACACUCAGAGCCAUGCCGAGUGACCAACAGACCAUGUCCGCGGAGGAGGUUCUUAAGUACCUGGUCUUCCUGGUGGACGUUAAUGAGAUGUUUGACGUUGCCCUUGGAACCUACGACUUUGAUCUUGUCUUAAUGGUUGCCGAGAAAUCACAGAAGGAUCCAAAGGAAUAUAUUCCAUUCCUGAACAAGCUUCGCAAGCUUGAGGGACACUUUCAACUCUACACCAUAGACGAGCACCUCAAACGGUACAGCAACGCACUGGGACACAUCAGUAAAUGUGGUCCAGAGCACUUUGAGACUUGCAAGACGUUGAUACAGAAACACAAACUAUAUACAGAGGCUCUACAACUAUUCCCAGUGUCUUCAGAAGAAUACAAGAGCAUUGCAAAAUUAUAUGGCGAUUAUUUAUCAGACAAGCGUCGCCACCUGGAGGCAGGAAUAAUAUACCUUAACGCAGAAGAGUGGGAAAGGGCUCUUCAGGACUUUCAAGUAUGUCUACAGUGGCGUCAGGUCUUCUGUAUGACUGCCAGGCUCAAAUACAGCUGUGAUACAGAGGCUGACAUUGCUCGCAAACUUGCAGAACAAAUGAAGAUGAAGAAGCAAUACCUGGAUGCAGCUCAUGUCUUGGAACAAUAUGCUAAGGAUACAGAGGAGGCUAUAGUCUGCCUUAUUGAUGGCUGCUUGUGGGAGGAAGCUCUGAGAAUGAUGUACAAAUAUGGCAGAACAGACUUUAUAGAGACACACCUGAUGGAAGCCCUCACUGAGAAUUAUAAUCAACAGAUGGAAACACUAGAAAACUGCAAGUCAGAAUUUGAUAAAUACAAAAAACGUCUUGCAGUCGUCAGGGAGGAGAAAGAAAAAGCACGUCUGGAAUUUCUAGAAAGUGGAGGAGCUGGAAACUUUGCGGAUGCCGAUUUAUUUUCUGACACAAGUAGUGCCACAGGGGAGAGCAUCCAGUCGUCACGAUAUUCAUCCGAGUCUGCGCGCUCAGGGCGCUCAUCACUCUAUAGUAAAUCGUCAGGAUCGUCAGUUAAGAACCGACGGAAGGCGGAACAUAAAAGGUGGAAGCUGAAGGAGGGUAGUCAGUUUGAGGAUUUUGCACUUAUUGCCGCACUCGCAAAACUCAUUAAAAUGGUGGAUGACAUGAGAGAUGAGAUGAAUGCCCUGUUACGUGUCCUACUACAAUUCCACCAAUACAAACAGGCUGCUGACAUACAGCGUGCUUACGAUCGCCUCCUCACCCAGAUGGAUCGAGGUAUCCCGGAAAUCUGGCAGGACAGCGAGGAGGGGAAAGAAUCUCAGCCAAUGCUCGGUCCCAUGACAACAGCCAACAGUAUUGCACAGGCAGUGCAACGAGGUCAAUCUUUGGAACAUUCCCAGGAAAAGCUUGACCCAGUUAUCCGGAUACCUCCGACUCUACGUAAGGAAGUCAGUUGGAAGCUGCAUGUGUUGGACUCUGGGUCAUCCAAGACUUGACCCCUUUGUUUUUUACUGCUAUGGGACCCAACCUGAUUUAUUUCACUAGUGCAAUAUGAUACUUCCUCUGGAGAAAAUGUAAGACAUGACGUUUUAUUGAAAUGGACAGCAAACAUCUUGAAAUCAAUCUGUGAUUGCUGGUGAUACCGACAACAUGAUAAAAUAUAUUGUUCACAGUGCUGACAUGUAUACUCUCAAAACUGAUCUUUACUAAGAUAUUGAAAUUGAAUAUUAAAAACUUAUGAUAUGUUAAGUAUUAAAGUGGUCACUAUA